ACUUUCAUAGGCCUUUUUAGACACACGUCGAAAUGAGAAGCGGCGCGCUGCGUUUUGAUGGGCCCACCAGAUGCGUGGCCCCCGCGCGUUGCCUGCGGCAGCGGGGCUGCCGCUUGACCCGCGUGGCGCGUGCGCCUGCCGCCGCCAGCGACGUGCAGCUGCGCACAUCGCUCAUUCCUGAGACUCUAGAGGACAUGGAGACGGACACUGAGCUCAAGGAGCACCUGGCCGCGCUGGAGGCGUCGGGGCAGCAGGCGCUGACGCGCGAGGAGCGCCUGAAGCGGCAGCGCAGCCUGGAUGCACUAGGGGCGCCCUCCUUCUACGCCACGUGCGCGGAGCAUGGCGUGGCGCCCCUGAAGCGCUCCGCUGCGCGCAUCUUCCAGCUCAACAUCGGGCUGUACUGCAACCAGGCCUGCAGCCACUGCCACGUGGAGUCGUCGCCCCGCCGCACCGCGGAGCAGGCCAGCCGCGACACCGUAGACCGCUGCCUGGAGCUGCUGCGGGCGGACCGCGCGGCGCCGGACGGCGGCACCAUCACCGCACUGGACAUCACCGGCGGUGCGCCUGAGCUGAACACCAACUUCAGGUACUUGGUGGAGCAGGCUGCGCCCCUGGGUCUGGAGAUCAUUGACCGCUGCAACCUGACUGUGCUACUGGAGCCAGGGCAGGAGGACCUGGUGGAAUUCCUGGCCAGGCACAAGGUGCGUGUGGUGGCGUCGCUGCCGUGUUACUCGGAGGACAACGUGGACAAGCAGCGCGGGCGUGGCGUGUUCGAGCGCUCCAUCGAGGGGCUCAAACUGCUGAACGCGGCGGGCUACGGCGUGGAGGGCUCGGGGCUGCAGCUGGACCUGGUGUAUAACCCGGGCGGCGCCUUUCUGGCCCCCAGUCAGUCCAAGCUGCAGGAGGCCUACAAGAGCGAGCUGGGCAGCGCUUACGGAAUCGGCUUCAACCGCCUAUUGGCGCUCAACAACAUGCCCAUCAAGCGCUUCGCCGACUUCCUCACACGCAAGGGCGCGAUGAAGGACUACAUGGGGCUACUGGUGAACAACUUCAACGCCGGGGCGGCGGAGUACCUCAUGUGCAGGGAUACGCUGAGUGUGCGGUGGGAUGGAGUGGUGUACGAUUGCGACUUCAACCAGCAGCUGGACAUGGCGAUUGAGGACGGCAAGACCGGCAAGCAGCUGACCAUCUGGGAUAUCUCCUCCAUUACCGACCUCACCUCGCGCCCCAUCCGCUGCGACAACCACUGCUUUGGCUGCACGGCUGGCUCGGGCUCCAGUUGCCAGGGGCAGUAAGAGAGGAGACAGCGACGCUGACAUGUGCUUGGGAGGAGAAGCCGCCGUGGCUGAGGGUGCCAAGCCGUAUUCUACUGCAUAGAAAUAUGAGUGGGAGUGAAAUUAUGCCAAGUGAUCGACUAGUGGAGUGCUGUGAGAAAGGCGGUUGAGAGAAAAGAGCUUCAAAUCUGAAGGGCUGGGCGUUGUGCUGGAUUCGGCUGGAUUUCCGUGACCGGGACAGUGUGUCUGUGUCACCCCGCAUGGCUGCUGUGCUGGUUUGCGCAUCUGCACGUUUGUCCACAAGUUGAAUGUUCGAAAGUAGGACGGGGAUUAAAGCACCCAUUGCAUGCAUUCGUGGGCGUGUGGCGGUUGGUGGGGUGGGGUGCGAUGCGGGCGCACCAGGUUUGCAUGUUUGUCUGACCAAGUGGGCCCGUGUGCCCAUAAUUGCCUUAGGAAAUCAACAAAAACUCACUGAACAUAGUACGCACACAAUAAACAGCUCGUUCGGGUACUUCAGUAUUGGUUUUGAAGGUCAAAGAAAAAUGGCGCCGAGUAAGGUAUCACCGCAACAAGACGAGCUAAUGAAAGCCGUGCUCGCAAAUGAUGAGGCCGGCUUAGCGGCCCUCGUAGGACUGAACGUCUCCGUGACAUUCGUUUCAGAGCUCGGCCUGUCGCCGGCGAUAGUCGCAGCGGAAAACGGAUUCACAGGAUGCUUAAAGGUUCUUUUAAAAGCUGGCGCAGACCCCAACAAGGUAG